GUAAGGAGAGCAGUUUGGGAGAGACCGACCUGCAGCCGAGCUCCGACCCGUCGGGAAUGGACAGCAGCUACCUCAGCGUGAAAGAGGCCGGGGUGAAAGUGCCCCAGGACAGGGCCAGCACGGACCUCCCCAGCCCCAUGGACAAGGCCGACUCGGAGAGCAACAAGGGCAAAAAACGGAGGAAUCGCACCACCUUCACUAGUUACCAGCUGGAGGAGUUGGAGAAGGUCUUCCAGAAGACACAUUACCCAGAUGUCUAUGCCAGGGAGCAGCUAGCCAUGAGGACAGACCUCACCGAGGCUCGCGUACAGGUGUGGUUUCAGAACCGGCGAGCGAAAUGGCGCAAGCGGGAGCGGUUCGGUCAGAUGCAACAAGUUCGGACCCACUUCUCCACCGCCUACGAGCUGCCCUUGCUCACCCGUGCCGAGAACUACGCCCAGAUUCAGAACCCCUCCUGGAUCGGCAACAACGGAGCUGCCUCCCCCGUGCCCGCCUGCGUCGUUCCCUGCGAGACGGUGCCCUCCUGCAUGUCCCCCCAUGCUCACCCCCACGCAACCGGCCGCGUCUCCGAGUUUCUCGGCGUCUCCGGUCCCGGCCUCAACGGUUACGAGUUGAACAGCGAGCCGGAUCGUAAAACCUCCAGCAUCGCUGCCCUGAGGAUGAAAGCGAAGGAGCACAGCGCCGCGAUUUCCUGGGCGACAUGA